CAUUUCCGAAGUUGAAGAAAAGGGUUCGCACGGUUUGGCUUCCCUUACCGCCCGAUUAUAUACACACGCACGCACACACACACACAUACACAAUUCAGCGAUCAUUGGUUAGCAUUAGCUGUCGUGCGCUUCGUCUUCACUGUAAUAACCGUCUGCAGAAGCUGCCAUGACAGCUCUCAUCUCGAGGGAAGCAAGAGUUGAAAAAGUUGCAUUUCGCUGCCGUGUGGUAUCAAAGUGAGCGAGGGGACGUUUUGGUGGACACCGCAAAGCUAGGUGAAUGUCUAACGUUACCGACCGACCGAGUGAGGGGAGCGGAGCAACCAAAAUGGCAACCCCCUAUGUCACAGAUGAAUCUGGGAAAUACAUUGCUGCCACUCAGCGACCUGAUGGAACAUGGAGGAAGCCGAGGCGGGUGAAGGAUGGUUAUACCCCCCAGGAAGAAGUGCCGGUCUACGAAAACAAGUUUGUGAAGUUUUUCAAGAGCAAACCUGACCUGCCACCUGGGAUGAACCCGUCUGAGGGAGCUCUGACAAAGCAGCAGCAAAAGAUCCCCGGCUGUGGCGACAGUGAGACAGCCGGUCUCUCAAAGUCCGCCAAACGCAACAUGAAACGCAAAGAAAAACGGAAACAUCAGCAGCACCAGGACGGCGACGUUGAUGCGGAUGUGGACUCGGUGAGCGACGCUGUCGAGAACGUGUCCAUUUCAGACAGCGCAGAGUCUUCAAACAAGACGAAGGCGCCGGUUUCUGUCCCGUCUCCCAAUGAUUUGUCGGCAGAAGCAGCCGAAAAGGCCAAGAAGAUCAAAAACCUGAAAAAGAAGCUGCGGCAAGUUGAGGAAUUGCAGCAGAAGGUGGACUCAGGGGAAAUAACAGAGCCAACAAAGGAUCAGUUGGAAAAGCUGGGUCGGGUUAAGAUCUUACAAGAUGAGUUACAGCAGCUCGAACGUGACUCUUGAAGCAAUAAAGAAAAGGCAGAAGAGUUGAACAGACUACACAUACAAACUACAUAUUCCAAGACAGGGAAGGGACCCUUGCAGCUUUGUGAUCAUGGCUUCCAUUAAACAUAUUCUACCUAUUUGAUAUUCAUGAUGAACUCUGGAAGUGAACACAGUCCCUGCGCCUUUCAAACAGAUCAUGACAGAAAGUCCACGUAGCAGGCACCACAUCAAAACUGACCGGCCUCUUUUCUAGAUUCAGAUCUCCAGAUAACAAUAUGACUCCUGCUCGUACACACUUAUCGGCCAGGCCACUCAUUUAUAAAUAUCUUUUAAAGACAUUGUGAAUUGUUUUGUGCGUGUCUGUCCUUUCCAUUUUGUACCUUUUCGUCACAACGGGUAUUACUCGCGUAUAAAAUAUUUUCUGUUUAAGAGAAUACAGUUUGUUGACUUGUCUGCUCUAAAAAUUAACCCAUUUUUUUGUCAGUGAUCGGAUGGCCUCUUGUAGUCGCACUGAUGUUGAGCCGCUGUCUAUACAGUCAUUACAUUAAUUAAAACUACAUGCUGCAUAAAAUGUU